AUUCAUCUCAACCUUUUUUUAAUUCUACCUCUACAUAUAACUAUUCAUUCAUCGACCAUCAUGCGUCCUCGCACUAAUGGUGUGCAGUUGACUGCCAAAGCCUUCUUAAUCUUGACUACAAUUCCUUUGUUGGCUCGACUUAUGAUAUCCGAUUCGAUGGCCUCUGAGAACGCAGAACUCACUACUUCUCAGCUUAUUGACAAAGCCAACUCUUUACUAGCCAGCGGACUUUCUACACAAGCACUCGAGUUGUUUGACUUGGCGCUUGACCGAAACCCUGACGACUAUCUAACUCUAUACAAAAAAGCGACCACACAGAUGAGCUUGGGACAUUAUAACCAUGCCUCUACUUCAUUUCAAAGAGUGCUAGAAUUAAAGGACUUUGAUAAAGCUCGGAUCCAGCUUGCAAAGAUUUACUUGAAACUCGGUGACCUUGAUGCUUGCAAGUCUCAGAUCGAUACACAUUUGGCGGCUGGCAAAGACGUUUCUUCGGUUAUCUCUACCCUUCAGACCGAUCUCGCGAGUACUCGAAAACACCUGAAAGCCUGUAAAACGCACUUGUCAGCCAAGAAAUGGGAUAGUUGUGUGGAAGAAGCUAGUGCUGCUAUUCAGCAUAGUCCUCAGAAUGCCGAAUUACGUCAGAUACGGAGUGAUUGCCAUCUGGCUAGAGGUCACAUACAGGAGGCUGCCGGUGAUUUAACGCGGGUCGCACAACUCAAUCCCAAUAGCGGUAUAGUCGCACUCAAGGUUUCAUUGCUUUCAUCCUUCUUUCUGGCCCAACCUUUAUCUCAAUCAAUCGCUCCAAUUAAAAAAUGUCUUCAUUCAGAUCCAGAAUCUAAACCUUGUAAGAAAGCAUUUCGACUAUUGAAAGCCAUUGAUAAAGAACACGUCAAGCUUCAAAACUUUAUACAAUCUGAUGGAUAUCGCUCAGCAAUCAAGAUCUUGAACCCGAGAGGCAAAGAAAGUGAAGGAUUAUUAGCUCAAGUUCAAGAAGCCAUCAAGUCAUCACAAGUCGUGGAUCCUAAGUCGGGUAUUGAUGAGCCUUUGAUCUCACCCACAAUCGAAAAUCUUGAUCAACAUUCUCAACUUCUGACUACAUUAUACUCAUAUACUUGUAAGGCAUACAUCAAGUUGAAUGAACUUGAGAAAUCUAAAUCGAUCUGUACGAUUCUAUAUGAAAGAGAUCCUAAGCAACCAUGGGGACUAGUUGGUAAAGCUGAAGUUUUAAUCAAAUCAGAGGAAUGGGAAGAAGCUGUCAAACUUUUGAGUCAAGCUUAUGAGCUGAAUGGAGAUGAUCAAGAUAUUGCAGAACGACUUAGAAAAGCUCAAAAAGGAUUGAAAGUCUCUAAACAAAAAGAUUAUUAUAAGGUACUUGGAGUGUCAAGGACAGCGGACGAGAAGACUUUGAAGAAGGCUUAUCGUAAGGCAACUUUGAAGGCACAUCCUGAUAAGGGCGGUUCGCAAGCCAAGAUGGCGGCAUUGAAUGAAGCUUAUGAGGUCCUUUCGAACCCCGAACUUAGAGCCAGAUACGAUAACGGUGAUGAUCCAAAUGAUCCGAAUCAAGGAAGAGGAGGUAAUCCAUUCCAACAGGGAGGUAAUCCAAUCUUUCAACAAUUCUUUCAACAACAAGCAGGUGGAUUUGGUGGAGGUAAUCCAUUUGGUGGUUCAGGUCAACAGUUUAGUUUUAAAUUUGGUUAA